CGCGGCCGCGGCGCCGGCCGUGAGGGGCCCCCGCGGCCAUGAAGGCGCUGCGGCGGCUGAGCCGGCACCGCACCGCGCUGGGGCUCGGCGGGCUCUCGCUCUGCGCCGCCGUCCUGCUCUACCUCGCCAAGUGCACCUCGGAGGGGCUGCGCCCGCUACCCGCGCCCCCCGCGCUCCCGCACAGCCAGCCCGGCCGGGGGGCCCGCGCCGCGCCCCCGCCCGCCCCUGAGGGCAGCGCCUUCGUGGCCGUGGUGGUGAUGAGCGGCCCCAAGUACAGCGAGCGGCGCAGCAUCAUCCGCAGCACCUGGAUGGCGGCGGCGCGGCAGGCGCCUCACGGGCACGUCUGGAGCCGCUUCGUGGUGGGCACGGCGGGGCUGGGCGCGGAGGAGCUGCGGAGCCUGGAGCUGGAGCAGAGCCGGCACCGGGACCUGCUGCUGCUGCCGGAGCUGCGCGACUCCUACGAGAACCUCACGGCCAAGGUGCUGGCCACCUACGUGUGGCUGGAUGCGCACCUGGACUUCCAGUUCGCCCUCAAGGCUGACGACGACACCUUCGUGCGCUUGGAUGUGCUGGUGGAGGAGCUGAGGGCCAAGGAGCCGCGGCGCCUCUACUGGGGCUUCUUCUCGGGCCGCGGGCGGGUGAAAUCCGGGGGGAAAUGGAAGGAGAGCGCCUGGGUGCUGUGUGAUUAUUACCUGCCCUACGCGCUGGGCGGCGGCUACGUGAUCUCCGCCGACCUGGUGCGCUACCUGCGGCUCAGCAGGGACUACCUGAACCUGUGGCAGAGCGAGGACGUGUCCCUGGGGGUGUGGCUGGCGCCCAUCGAUGUGAAGAGAGUGCACGACCCCCGCUUCGACACCGAGUACAAAUCGCGGGGCUGCAACAAUAAAUACAUAGUGACUCACAAGCAGAGCAUCGAGGACAUGCUGGAGAAGCACCAGACGCUGGCGAAGGAAGGGAAGCUCUGUAAGGAGGAGGUUAAACUCAGGCUUUCCUACAUGUACGACUGGGGAGUGCCUCCCUCCCAGUGCUGCCAGAGGAAGGAUGGCAUCCCCUGAAAGCCUCAGGAAGGAGGAGGCGAAGCGAUGAUGGACUCUUGGUUGCUGUUACACGGGGAGAAUCCCAUUAACGAGGGGUCAAUUACUCUUAAAAAGAUUUUGCACGACUCAUUCUGUCACCCUGGGACUCCCCGGGAGCUGCUGACGUGGCAUGGUUAGAGAUGCUUAAAAAAAAAAAAAUAGGUGACAGAAUGCACAGAAAAGUCUCAAAUGCCAGGACUGAAGGCAAAUAAAAGGGGGCAAAACACGGAUAGUAGGGAAAACGAGGAGAGAACUGGAAUGAAAAGUUGCUGGGAGAUUUUGAACAGAUUCUGAGGUUUAUUUGCUAAAGAUCAUGCCAGGCUUUUAUGCUGAUAACACUGAAAUGAGGCCACUGUUGAUUCCUUGGCAAGGAAGUGCCAGCUUGGCACGGAGGGAGGAGCCCAGUGGAGCUGUUGGUGCCAGAGGAAACAUGUUAUUGCCACAGGCAGGAAAAGGUAAUCCCGUUUUUCCUGGGAUACCUGCAGGGAGAGCUGUCUUUGGCAGGGAAGGGAGUUACUAAAUCUGUUAAUUUCUCUCGAAGCUUUUUGCUGUUUUAAAGGCAAUGUGUACAUAAAUGAUCUGGCAGCUACAAAAAUGUAUUUAGGGAGGUGGCUGAGGUGGGUAUUUGGCAGAUGCAGAGUUUAUUCUCUUAUUUUGGGAGCACUGUCCUCCUGCAAAGCCUCCAGGUGUUGUUUUUUAGCUCAUCCUCCACAAGAAACAUUUCCCUCCAACAGUCAGUAACUCCCUGGCUGCUCCAAGACAUUGCAGACUUCAGAUUUAUAUUUAUUUCUAAUAUAAAUGAGCAGGAAUUGAUCAGUGGAAGUUCCAAAAACAUUGCCCAAAGGUGGGCACUUCAGGUAUAAAAGUGAACUUGGUGUAGUCAAGAGAAAUGGGUUCCUCCACCCCAAAAAUUCCACUUUAUUUCUCUUUUCAGGACACUAAAAAGUCACAUUUAGGUGCCGAAAACUGGGGGGAUUCUCUCAUUCUCUCCAAAAAACACCUUGGACAGGAACUAAAAUUGAAUUAAUUGAAGGGACACAUCCACAAAUGGGAUUUUUGUCCCUCAGUCCUGGCUACACCAGAAUAACCCUGGCGCUGGCAGAGGUCCCACAGGACUCAGACAUUAUUUAUUUAUCUCCAGACCUUCAGCUGCACCUGCCAUUCAAGCAUUUUUGAGUGGCAGCUGCUCCAAAACGCCCAAUAUUUUUCCCAGUGCUACUCCAGUCCCCUGUGCCAGCUGCAGCUCUUGCAGUGGGAGCAGUUUUUACUUUGUACGUGUAAAAGUUCUUUUUUUAAAAUGUCUUUUUGUGACCAGUUCUGGUGUUUUGUUGCACUCUGCACUUUCAUUCCCAUUCCGUUCCUUCCCAGCUCAGUGUCUGGAAGAGACAAAUGGCAAAGAAAAAUUCCUUUUCAAAAAGGUGCCAAUAUCUCUUUAGUUUUGCUUCUUAGCAAAAUUAGGAAUUCAGACCAAAGGGAUCGAGUAUGGAGUGGUUUUUUUUUGUUAUUCUGGUGCUUUAAUUAAUUAUUGAGGAUUAAAAAUCUUCUGCAGAGGAUUUUUCUAUUUUAAAAAUUUCAACAAGGCUUUGACUUCCUCCUAAAACAAAAUUAAAAUACUGCAAAACUCAAUUAUUUUAGCAUGUUAAACUAAAUUAUUAUUAGCAUCCAUCCUAAUGCAUGCUUCGGGAUUAGCAGGGAAUGUCUUUUUCCCAAAAGAAUCCUAUUCCAAACCAGGAAUUUACCAAGAUGACAGCAAAUCUCCAUUUUUUUAACCAUCCAUUUGCCAUCUGGGCUUCAUCAGUGUUGUCUGGAAAUGUGAUUAUAAAUACUUGUAAUGUGAAUAUUUAUUUAUAAUUAUUGCCAGUGUAUUCUCUAUAGGAAAAAUAAGCUGCUUAAAUGUCAUUUUUACACCCAGGAGGUGCUGGAACAUCCUUGAAAAACAAGGAUCAGGCAGGGCUGGAAUUUUUGGGGAUCCAAGCCAUUAUUUGAAGCUGGAUCAGAAGUGCAGAUCCAUGUGGGGUUUAUCCAAUUCCAUCCAGAACUGGCUCCGUGGAAGUUGUUCCCAUUGGGAUUUUGACUCCUCACUGCCCCCUCCCUCUCCCUCCAAAAAAAAAGUGGUUUUGAUCCCUAGGAAAAUUCCUGGAGAAAUGCUGGAUCUGCAGCUGAGAUUGGAGCCUGCAAAAGCUCACCCAGAAAUGAUGGAUACACUCCAUGGGGGUGGAUAUUCCAUGGUUUUAGGGAUCAUUCCCAACCUCAGUGAUGGGGGGAUCUUGGUUCCAUCUCAGGUUAUCCCAAGUUUUGCUCCAGCUGGAAAACACCACAGGAGCUUUGCCCACAUCCUUGGGAAUUGCUUUGAAUUCCCUUGGAUUUCCCUUCCUUUUCCUUUAAUUCCCUUUCUCUCCAAGGAGAGCCCUUGGAUUCCAAUCGCAGCUCCCUGGGAAAUUCCCAAAUUCAUAAAAAAUACCUUUAAUCUCCUUUUUUGGGGGGGAUAUUUUAGAGGCAAAUGGAAUCAUUUGGGAGAGAGCAAACAACUGGAAGUGGCAUUUUGUGGUGUCCAAAGGUUGGACUUUUCCAGCCUUGAUGAUUCCCUAAUCCCACAUAGUUUGUGGAAAAAGCCAGAAAAAAAAAAAGAAUAGUUUUAAUUUCCAUUUUACCUGGAAAAGACCUUUUAAGGUUAUUUGGAGUCAUCCAAAUGUGUGUUUUAAAUGAGUGAAUCAUUACAAUUUUAGAAUUGAAACCAUCCAAAAUUCAUCUUUGGAGCCAAAUCUGAAGCACUUUUGGAACAAUAAAUGAGUUUUACAAUUAGCAGGAGUAAUCAAAGGCUCUUUCCCACCUGCUCAGGAUUAAAGUCCCGAUUUCUGCCAUCAUCUCCGAGGGUUUUAUGGGGUUGUUUUACACUUCAAAGCCAUUCUGGGAUCAUUUUCCUCUCGGGGAAAUCAGAUGAGGAGCCUGAUUUCAGAUUUUGGGGAGAAUAUUUCAAUCUGCUGAGAAAUAAUUUGGAUUUUGGGUUUUAUUGCAACUCUCAGAGUGGGAAUUUUGGGUUUAAUGAAAAUAAAAUGACCCAGGAGCAGAUUUAUCUUUA